AAUCUCGAUAUGUUUCUGCUAAAUUAAUAUUGUGCCCAGAUGUCCCGGGCUCAGGUGUGUGUAUGGGAUAUCGUGUUAUGUCAACCUGUGAAUUUUAAGUUUCGAAAAUUAUUAAAAAUGUUCGCAAAAAAGUUACACGAUAUCGAGUGCCAAUCAUAUGAUUCAAUAGAAUAUAAAAAGCCAUGGAUCGAUCCAAUACCGGACAAUAGUUAUUUAUUCGGUCUAUGGGGAUUUUAUAUGCACUUCGUUUUAUUAUGGAGUGUGCUUGAUGUUAAUUUUAAUUCAUUUAUCAUUAAAGAAUUGCCGGUUAUAUCAGCACCGAGUGGUCCUCCGGCUAAAAGAUUGUUGCUUUUUGUAGCAGAUGGUCUGAGGUUUCAGACAUUCAUAGAUAAGACACCACCUUUUCUCGGGGAUGUGAUGAAAAAUAAGGGCGUUUGGGGAAUAUCUCAUACAAGAGUGCCCACAGAAUCGAGACCAGGUCAUGUUGCAAUUACAGCAGGAUUGUACGAAGAUCCAAGUGCUAUCUUUAAGGGCUGGCAGGAAAAUCCAGUGGAUUUUGAUUCUGUUUUCAAUCAAAGCUAUGCUACUUGGGCUUGGGGCAGUCCAGAUAUAAUUCCAAUGUUCACAAAGGGUAGCAAACAAAAUGUUCAUGGAAGUAGUUAUCCCUCCACGUGGCAAGAUUUUGACCCAAACUUGAAUAAUCAGACAAUGCAUUUGGACUCAUGGGUAUUUAAUGCUUAUUUGGAAUGGUUGAACUCCUCGGUAGCUAAAACAUUGAAAAAUCAGGAUAAAAUUAUCUUAUUCCUUCAUUUACUCGGAUGCGACACACUAGGACAUGCUAAAAAACCACAUUCCAAGGAAUAUAUUGAAAACAUGAACUAUGUCGAUAUGAGAAUUAAAGAGACUGUGAAUAUGACAGAGAACUUUUUUGGAAAAGGUACCACUGCUUAUGUAUUCACGGCAGAUCAUGGAAUGACCGAUUGGGGAUCUCAUGGAAGUGGUUUGCCAUCCGAGACUGAGACACCGUUAGUUGUUUGGGGAGCAGGAAUAAAAUCGUCUUGCUUCCGUCAAGAUAUUGAGCAAGCGAGUAUAGCUCCCCUGAUAGCGUCUUUGAUAGGAAUUCCUAUUCCUACAAAUAACGAAGGUGCACUACCGUGGCAAUACUUUGACGCGAAUUAUCAGGAAUAUGUCGGACGUUUUUUACUCAGCAAUGUGAAACAACUUGCACAUCAAGUAACUGGAAAUCGUGCUAUAUAUGACGAUACUAAUAUUGAUUGGCGAGAAACGCAAUUAAAUAAUAGAAUUCGUAAAAUCGAAGAACAUAUCAAUAAAAGAAAUAUCACAGAUGGAAUUCGAGAGGCCGAAGAAGCAAUUCACUUUGGCAAGGAAGCCUUGUUAUAUUUCAGGCGAUUUUCGCGAAUGCGCUUUUUAAUAAGUCUAUCGAUAAUGUGGCUUGGCUGGAUAAUUACGUUAUUCUCGAAAAUAACUGGAAUGAAACGUAAGCGUCGAAACUUGCAAGUCUCUGUACUUAUAACCGUGGGAUUAGGAGGUCUGCUGAUAAUACUGUUAGUUAGACAGUUAGUUAAUGUAUCUGAUUAUAGGAACUGGAGAUUACCGUUCUUUACGUGCAUCUCUAUAUUUUCUAUAUGGUUGGGCUUUACUAAAAUAAGUACGUUGACGCCUGUGUUUAUAAAAAGCAAGAAAAAACUAUCUUUAGAUAUCGGAGGCACAUUGUUGUUAUUAGUAAUACUAUUUGUCGGACUGACAUAUAGAUUUGCUCUCAGCAUAGGAGUACUAUCUAUCAUAUUGAUACGAAUAGCAAAAUCGAAAAAUGUACCAGCACCCAUGAUUUGGACGUCAAUAGCACUAUGUGUCUUUCCUUUAUUGCCGGUCGUGGAGCCAUAUCCACGCAACUAUAUUGUGAUAAUUGGCAUUUGUGUUGCAAUGUCGAUAGUGAUUAUUAAUGAAACAUCGCAAAGUCGGAAAAUAAUGGAAAUUUUACGUUUAAUUAUUACGAGCCUGGUGUAUACACAAUUUCUCGAUGGUCGAUACUGGAUAUCGUGGACCAUUCUACUGACUACACCAUUAUGCAUUUGUUACUAUCCAAUGGAACCCAAGAGAAGAAUGCUGGGUGUAAUGCUUGGAUUUUUCUGUCCUCUUACAUUAUUGUCCACAUCAUACGAGCCACUCUUCUUAAUUAUACUUACAAUCAACUUACAUUGUUGGUUGCAAACCACUUCAAAGAACUCAAGAAAUAUACAAAAGACACAUAUUACAAGGGACUUGAUCAAGGCAGCAUUUUUUAUGUUGUAUAUAUUAUUGAGUUUCUUUGGCACAGGAAAUAUGGCGAGCAUUAGCUCGUUUGAUCCAUCUUGGACGCGUCACUUUGUAACAGUUUUCUCUCCGUUUCUAAUGACAUCUUUGAUAAUCUUCAAGCUUAGCAUUCCUUUGAUAAUAGUCGGAUGCGCAAGCUAUUCACUAGAAUCAGAAGAGGACAAAAAGACUAUUUCUUCAACUGUUCUUUUCCUAGGCGAUUGUUUAUUGCUACCUUUAAUGUACUGUGUCACGCCGUAUGGCAGUUGGCUCGACAUCGGUAUUGCUAUCAGUAAGUUCGUUAUUGCUUUAUUUCUUCCUUGUCUUUUUGUACUAUUGCAACGUCUAUCAUAUCCGCUUAUGGAAUUUGAUUUAAAACAAUUCCACAUCAAUUUAUUAUCUCAAAAGAGACACAUUGUAUAAUAUAUAUUUUAUAUAUAUAUAUAAAUUUAAUUUUAAUUAUA